AUGGCGUUUGCGAUCUACUUCAUGCGCGUCUUUCCUCAAAGGAUUCACAAGCAGGUGAACAUGGUGAUGUUGGUAUUUCUCCUCAUGCAAGGGAUCACCGAGUCCGUCGUGUCUCAGGUAAUGUGUGUCCCAAGGGCCAAGUUGUUCUUGCCAGAGUCGCCCGGCAAAUGCCUGGAUACCCUAAAAUUUUACUAUGCUUCGAGAAUUUCCGCUAUGGCAAUCGUACGAAGUGCGACGCCGAGGCCCGCAGCAGGCGAUGUUGAGAGGAAUGGAGGGCGCAGUGGAAGCCUAGGGGUUCAGCUGCGCAGGGCUUUCAACCGGGCCAAAAUCAAGACUGGUCAAGGGUCUUGGUAUGGUUCUCGUUCAGGUGUAUCCUCGGGCACUGGGAGGAGGACCAGAUUCGGCGUGACCAGUUCCGUGUCCACUGGUCAACAGUCAAGAAACCAUCAGCCCACAACGGACGAGACAGGACAAUCAAGGGUUCAAUCGCUGGCAGUUGAAGAGUCCGGCCCUCGACCGGACAGCCCAGACCAUGGCGGUAUUCUUGUCACACACGAUAUUGAAGUUGGUAUCGAGACAGACGAGGAUUACGUAUCAGGGACAGAUGUUAGUGAUGUAGAGAGGAAUGCGCCUGAGGACGAAAGGAACUUGACAGAUAGCAGCAGCAUUGUUGAUCAAGAUAGCAGGUGGACGGAUACGACCAACGAUUCAAACGAAGUUGAGGGAGAGCAGCUUGCACUCGAGAGAAGCGAAUGA